UCGUGGAGAGCAGAGCAGAGCAGAUCCCAUCAUAUCUGAUCUGAUCAACCAAACCAAGUGCUCGACUCUUCUCUACCUUCCUUCCUAGUUCCUCCGCCUCCGUCUCCGAACACACACCACAGACACAGAGCCGACUCACAAAGGCAUGAGCUAUCAAGAUAAUUACCCCCAUCCUCCUCAUCCACAUCCAGGAUCUGUGUAUCCUCCUCAUCCUCAUCCUCAUCCUCCUACGCACGGGCCACCGUUUGAGGCUCCGUAUCCUCCCCCAAGGCCAGGGUACUCAUAUCCUCCUCCCCAACAUCCUGGACCACCUGCCGGUGGCUAUCAAGGCUACUUCAAUCAAGGUUAUCCUCCACCCCCACCCCCGGCCCAGGUUUACCAGCAUUACCAUCACGAUCAUGAUUCCGGCUGCUCUUCCUUCCUACGAGGCUGUUUGGCUGCUCUCUGUUGCUGCUGUGUGUUAGAGGAAUGUUGCUGCUGCUUCCCGUUCUAACCAAUUGAUGAUGAUGAUGAAUGGCAGCUCUGAGCAUGCUCCCAGGAUCAGUCUCAGUCUCGUCUUGUUAUACUUAAUGGAAACAAUAAUGAAUGAGUCCACGCAUGCUGUAGCUGUAGUGGAGUAUCUUAAUCUUUAUCUUAUGUGUAGUAUCUUGUAAUCUAAUAAUUGAAUGAUUGAAGGAAGGACUGCAAUUUGAAAGGAGGGAGAGGUAGAGGGAGAGGGAUGGAUCUUUAUUAAUGUUGUUCAUAAAGAAUGAGUAUCAUUCAUAGAUGUAUGUAUGUAUGUAUGUAUGCAUGUAGGUGUGUGGACAGUGUGCAGUGGUUUGUGUGCGUGUGUGUGUGCUGAACUUAAAUGAAUAGCCGAUUUCUACUUA